AAAAAUAGGGAUGCUGGGAAAGCGAGAUGCAGCUUCGCAAUGAUCAUGGUGCCGAAGAUUGACAUAUGUGUAUUUUGUAUAAGAGAAGAUUGAAGUUGGAAUGAUGGAAGCUAAAAAAUUUAUUGAACGUUUCGGAAAUGUUUAAUUUGAGAAAUGCCAGUAUUUAGUGUCUCUUCAGUUUGCAAUUCUUUGGAAUUUUGUUUUCGCAUUGGCAGUUAUUUCAUGACAUUAUUAGUUGUGCAGUAAUACUAGUUAUCAAUUUUUGGUUUAGCUAAUUUAGAUUUCAGUUUUUGUUUUGCUGACUCGGUUCUCUAAAAUAUAAUUUUGUUGCAUUUACUUGUCUUUCCAAUUGUCCUGAAGGUUUUUAGUCCUUUUUUCUCUUGAGUAGGUUUGUAAGACGUUAUUUGUGCACUGUUAGUACAAUGGUUUUGAGAGUUGCAAUUUUUCCUUGACAUUUGAAAUUUUAACCUACCCUUCCCUGUUUAUUUUUCUCACCAUUGGUUGGGUACUAAUAUCAGAGUUAUCAAUUAAUAUCUAUUCACAAUGGGUACGAGAGCAGCUGCCUUUACUGCCAAAAUACGCAAUUUACAUGACUAUCAACUUCGACUUUUACAUGGUAUCAUGCCAAUUCCCUCUGGAGUGGAUAUUGCCAAUACUCUUAAACACUUUUCUCAGACACUAUUAACCGUGCUGAAGGACGUGCCCAGCUCGCCGUUGGAGAUGCUGAAGCAGCCCGAGAAGGACGCCGUGCGCAUGGGCAUGUACCCGAACCUGGACUACAAGAGCGUGUUCACGGCGCUGGUGCAGCUCAUGGACGUGGCGCCGCUCAUCCAGUUCGGCCUGCACGCCUUCGGCAGCGCACUUCUGCAGUGCUUGGGCUGCAUGAUGCCGUUUCUGGAGUCGGAAAUGUUGGAGACGCUGCCGUACUUGACUGCAUCUACAAUGGCCGUGCUGCCAGUGUCUCUCCACCAAGAAGUAGUGAACUCUCUUUGCUUCUACAUUCUACCGUUUACAAUAACCCGGUCCAAGUGCGGGGAGCCAGAGAACUACGCUUGCCAGUCGGUGCCAGCUGUCAUCAUGAUGGUCUUCCAAUACUCCUCCAACGCAGCGCACCACUGCCAGCUGCUGGAGUGCCUGAUGGCCAGCAAGAAGACGGUGGUGCGCGACCUGCUGUGCGUGGUGGCGUACGGCAGCGCGGCGGCGCGCGCCAACGCCGCCAAGCUGCUCUUCUGCUACUGGCCGGCCUUCAACCCCAGCCUGGGCGAGCGCCGCGCCGCGCCGCUCAAGAUCGCAACGGACGCGUCGCCGUUCGUGUGCCAGCGCGACCUGUGCCCCAACGCCGGCAACGCCGAGGCCGCCAAGGUGUGCUUCGACCACUGCGUGUCCAUCACGUUCGCCUCCGAGAGCCCGCCGCCGCUCUACCUGUGCAUCGAGUGCGCCAACGAGAUCCACCGCGAGCACCCCAACCAGAUGUUCUUCGACAUCCUCCACCCCAUCCAGCACAUCUCCAUGGUGUGCGAGAACAAGAAUUGCAGAGCGGCCGACAAGUACGCCGUGUCCAUCUGCUUCUCGACGGAGUGCGCCAGCUACAACAGCAACCACCCCAUCCGCUACUGCCAGCAGUGCCACAACAUCCGCCACAACAACCGGCGCGGCGGCGACCACAUCCUGCACCAGGCGCUGCCGUCGCUGUGGGACGUGGAGGGCGAGAUGCACGCCUACAUGGUGGAGUCCAUCGUCAGGUGAGCUCACGUCCGCGGGGAGCAGUCGCGA